AUGAUCGGUAAGUUCGACCCUCUAGCCUACUUGGAGAGCUUUUACAAAACUGCCUCUGAAGAUGAAGCCAUGCAAGUUGUACUUUUCUUCUUACCAGGAAUGAUCUAUCGGCUACCGCCUACGAUCACAACAGCGCUCGAUCUUGGAGCAGGGCCUACCGUUUACCUACCGAUUGCGCUUCGACAACGUGCCUUAGAGAUUUUUACUUCGGAUUAUGCAAAACUUAAUAGGGACGUCUUGCAGAGUUGGAUAGAAGACAAAUCAGUAUUCGAUUGGUCCAAUGUUUGCAAAUGGAUCGCUAACAUUGAGGCCUCUGAAGAUUCACCGUCUGUGAUGCAACAAGCGGCUAGGGAAAAAGUGAAAGCUGUUUUAGAGCUUCAAGGUGGUGUAACCGACGCUACUACAUACAAUUUCGGCGGGAAGGUUUUCAAAUGCCAUCGCCUACAACGUAGCCAUAUCGAGGAUUCACUUAAAGAAAAUGGAAUGGCCAUUACCUCCGUAGAUGGGUACAAAUUCAUCACUCAUGAUGACAUCUUUCUCUUGAUUUCGAAGAAAGUUAGAUAA